GCCUUGGAGCCUGGGAGCCCACACGGACUGCAGAGUGCCAAGUGCAGCAGGAAAAUGCCUUCAUCCCAGGGGCAAGCUUGUCUGAAGAAAAGCUCAGCAAGAAAAUAGAACAGGAACUGUCUGAAUUGAGGAUUGCAUCUUCAGAAAGUGUUUCCAGAGAGGAAGAGAAGAAGGAAGAUAAGAGAUUGGAGACAGAAAACAUUGCAAAAGAUGUUAGGUCUUGUUUAGAAGAGAACUGUGAGGUUAUAGAAAUUGAGAAGAGCCCUCAGAGGGAGAUGGCUCAUGCUGUGGCCGAUGCUGCUGUCAACACAGACAGCUGGUUAAUGGAGACAGAUCACAAGAAAGAAGCAGAGAGCAGACAGCUGGAUGCUGAAACUGAAGCUAAUUUUGAACAUGAGCAUGGCCUGUUUGAGUCCAGAGUGGCAAAAGUUCCAGUCCAGAAUUCCCAGAGGAGCCCCUCCCUGGGAAGCAGUGCUUUGGUUCCUUUCAGGCACCAGAGCUUCUUUGCCCAAGUGAAUCAGUCCCUGGAGAAAGACAGCCUGACCAUCAGAUCAGCCCUCCGUGUGCAGACACCACACAGCACCACCAACCUGCUGCCUGGGAGAUCCACACUUCUGCCAGAUCUUCUAGAAGGCAAAAGCACCACAAAAUCGUUCCUUAGUGGUGCAUCUCAGGAGAGGUGGAAAGAGCUGAACUUCAACAGAGCCAAGAUUGAGCACAAAAGGUGGCAAGAGGAGCAGAGGCAGCUGAAGAGGGAGCAGCAGCAAGAGGCAGAUGGCACCCGACACCGGCUGCACAGGGACAGCCAGAGGCAGCGAUUGCGUCAGAGAACAUUGCAAGGGCUGAAGAAACAGCUGGAGCACAAAGAAAGAGCUUUGCAGCACAUGGCACUGCUCCAGGCUGCUGGGGCUGAGAGGAGCAGGAAGGAAUCCUUCUUUCAAGAGGAGGAGGAGAGGAAGGCAAGGCAGAGGCUUCAGUUCUUAAAGACACAGCGUUUGCAGAGAGAGGAGUUGCAGGCAGAAAGUAACAAAAGGAGAUGUGAACAAGAGAAAGAAAGGCUGGAGUUCCUGAGGAGCAGAAUGCAGUCACAGCAGGAAGUGCUGGAACAAGAAUCCCAGGAGCAGGACAAACAGCAAAACCAGCACCAGGCUGCCAAAGUGAGAGUGUUCCAGAGGAGAGAGAAUUCUCAUUUGAAGAUGGAAAAAGAAGGCCAGAAACUCCGUGCCCUGCAGCAAUACCUCAGGGAACAGAACCUUCUGCUGCUCCGGACAUCCCUGCUCACGUAAGGAAGGGCAGGGCCUGGAGUUCACAGACCUGCUGUGUCCUGUCAGGUGUGAGUCCGUGUGCCAGAGCAGAGUUGUUACAUUAGGAUUCCUGGAGAUGUCUUUAACCUCCCUUUCACUGCAGCCAGAGUGCAUUUCCACUGCUCUGUCCUUUACCUGCCUUUCUUCCUGGGGUCACUCGCUUUCCCCUCCGCUGAGAGGGAGCAGCAGGGCACAUCCAGAGGCAUUUCUCUGCAUCAGAAAGGAGAGGGUUUCUAGUGCAUGGCACUAUGGUGAGUGCCAAAGGAGAGCAGGAGGAGGUUGGGCAUUUCACAUCCUGAAGUGAGUGCUCCCCCUUCCUCACAUCAUCUGAGGUACAAAAUUCCCUGUGGCACAGCAAUGUGUUGAUCAGCUCUGGGAAACCAGAAAUUUCAGGUGGGUAUUUAGGAAAGGAGAAUGGACAUGGCACCAUUUAUUUGCUGAAACAGUCAGAGCUAUAUGGAAAUAUCUUUAUUUUACACAGAAUUAUGCUGACAUGAAUACUAUAUAUGUGAUACCUUGUUUCAAGUAAUGCCUAGUACCAAACUAGAUACAAAAUUUAAAUUCGGCCUGACUUUCUGUGUACACUUAGAAACAUGAUACACAUUUUCUGGCACAUUAUAAAAAUUUAUGCCUCUUGCUAGAAUACAGCACCAGUGAUAAUGGCAGUUGCUUAAAAAAAAAAAAAAAAAGAAAAGUAAAAUUAAGAAAACUUGUAAAAGGGAGCUCCUUUGAAAUCCUGCCAAAUCUUCUCAAUGGCCAGCAGUUUCCUAGCAGUAAGUGUCAGACUGCAUUCCUCCAGGGAUAAUGGAGAAUCUAUGCCUUCAGCUUUUCCCUAAAAAGACAAAGUUAAAUCUCUCAUCCAGAUGUUUACAAACUACUCUGAGACCUUAAUAGCUAAAAUGGGUAUUUUUAAACUUAAGGAUCCAAAAUGUGCAUGAGCCAUCCUCAGACUUUUGCUUACAGAAAAAAAAAAAAAAAAAAAAAAAAAGAGAGGGAAAAGGAAGGAUGAACUUAAAUAGAAGGUGAAGGCUUUAACAAACAAAAUGUCAAAGUUAAGGUCUGAAAUGUAACUUGCCUCAGAUUAUGGAGGCACAGUUUUGCAUUUUAGACGUGAAAUCUCAUCAUUUGGAACAGUUUCCACUCUGUUGAGUGUCUGGAAAAGUUGGCUGGAAUUUGCUCAGCAAGAAUAUGGUUGGUUGUGCCUGGCACACACCCUGCCAAGGGAACGUGGGUGCUGGUGGCACAUGGAGAUUUUCUUUAGGUAAUGUUUGGGGGUUCUUUGCUUCUCUUCUUGUUUGAGUUCUCUUUCAUAUAAAAUCAUGUGCUAGUCAGGGCAAGGCUCUGCCUGCUUAUGACUCUAACUAGACUUAAAGAAACAAGCCUGAAGACUUAAAAGGUGUUAAAUUCUACUCCUGCUUUUAUCCUUAUGCCUUGGAAAUGGAAUAUGCAGUGAUUAAAGGAAAGUACAUGAAAUACACUGAGCUGAAUCUAAACUUAUUUUUCAGAUUUCAUUUAUAUGCUAUUCAUCAUUACUUUAUAAUCACCAUAAAAUAGCAGAUUGCUUUUGCACUUUCUCUUCAUUGCUUAACCACCUGAGAACACACCACUGCAGAGAUCCUGCUCCACUGCUGUUUCACACAGGGUAUGUCUGGGAAUAUAUUCAGUACCACACUAUUUCCAAUCAUUUAUGGACUGUAUUUCUCACUAUUAAAAUGCAGCCAUAAAAUCAUUUUAAUACUGCUAUUAAAAUAAUUGACUGUAAA